AUGGAAGAAAAGCGUAACGUUGAAACGCUAGGUAAAGAUCGCAACUCUGCUGUAGAGGAGAAUGAACGCCUGAAGAAGAAGCUCACAGAGUUGGAGGAGUCAUUACUCCAGAAGGAAAAGGAAAUAGAAAGUCUGAACGAGCACCUCGCAGGUAAAGAGAGAGAAUGUGAGGAGAAGCGAGAAAAAGAAGAGCCGCAGAAACAAUCUGAGGACAACGAUUUCUACUGUGGGUACCUCGCAAGAAAUCGUGAUCAAGUGAAAAGCCCCGGUCGUGAGAUGCAGGAGACUCGAGGUCUGCAGAAGGAGGUCCAUAUCAUGGAAGACAGAGUUCAGUCACUUCCAAAGGAGAACGAAGAAGACAAGCCUAAGAAUGAAGCUUUGGCUGAAGAGGCCAAGGCGAAAGGAAACAUGUUCUACAAACUUGGACGCCUGGAAGAAGCUUGUGAAUGUUUCUUCAGAGUACUGGAUCUGGCCGACGACAAAGCAGACUGA